AUGGCCAAAACCAUCCCCAUUUUGGCUCUUUGGGCUCUCUCUCUGCUCUCUCUCACUGUCGUCCAUGCCGCCGAUCCUGAACUCCUCUCGGACUUCGCUGUCCCUGACGGUCUCGACGAGUCUAAGUUUGAUGGCAGCUUCUUUACGUACACUGGUCUUCGAGGUGGUGCCCCCUCCUCAACCAACACUGUAGGGAGGAAGCCUGUCUCUGUAAGGGACUUCCCCGCCCUUAAGGGCACCGGCCUCUCUCUCGAGCUCCUCGAGUUCGCACCGGGUUCUGUCAAUGUCCCUCACACCCACCCGCGUGGGGCAGAGCUCCUGUUCGUCACAGAUGGGGCCCUGACGGUCGGCUCGACCGACAGCAAUGGAAAACUGUACAGGAAUGUGUUGCAGAAAGGAGAUGUGUUUGUUUUUCCCAAGGGGUUGCCUCACUACCAGGCCAACCUCGACAAGGCCAAUAAGGCCGUCGUGGUCUCCGCCUUCUCCAGCGCAGACGCUGGCACUGUAUCAUUGCCUAAGAGCCUGUUUGGAUCAAGCGUGCCCGACGAGGUCCUGACAAGGGCAUUCAAGGUCUCCCCUGAGACUGUCCAGCAACUAAGAGCUGGGCAGAACUAA